AUGGGCAAACGUCUUCUGUACCUGGCCAGCGCCGUGGUGCUCACCUCCGAGGUGUCUGCCGACCUCUACCGCGUUCCCGAAGCCACCACUGUCUUCAACUUUCCUCUCGAUCAAGUCAACCCAAGGCCGACACCAGCGCCAUAUGACUUCCUCAAGGCGCGCCAAGAAACCAGCAGCAGUCAAACCGUUCUGGUCGCUCCCAGCAACACUUGCGGCUACGUAUCCGGCCGACCCGGUGCUGCCUUUACCUGCAAUGGCGCCGACGCCAACUGCUUGUUCUUCACAGCCGACAGCACCUUGCGCGGAGCUGUAGCAUGCUGCAACUCAGAUGUGUGCGGUGCUCGAGUGACAUGUUACGAUCGUGACGCCAUUGCUUCCUCCAGUGUCUGCGACAAUGGCUGUCUAGUUGAUACUUUCACGCUCAAAUGCACCGAGUCAUCAGCCCGCUACUGCAACACCAUUUCGUUUUCCUCCAACAUCUGGGACUAUUUCUGCAACUCGAUUGAAAUUUCAACACCACAAGUAGCCACUACAACGUAUCAAGGCCAGUCGAACGCAGAAGACUGGGCUCCCCUUGUUCUGACCGGCUCGGGUGAAAGCUCGGUGACACUUCCUCAUGAAUCUGCUCGAACCCCUAUCUUUGACGACGAGUCGUCACGGUCGCCAGCACCUAGCAGCACUGGCGGCAGUACGACUGAUGGCGGCAGCGGCAGCAGCGGCGGUGGGUCCUCGACACCCGUUGGUGCCAUUGUUGGUGGUGUCGUGGGCGGCGUUGCAGCCAUCGCCAUCGCGGGCUUCCUCAUCUGGUUCUGCCUCCGCCGCAAGAAGAAGCAGGAGCAGGUCAACAACCAGCCCAUCCCCCCGCCUGUCAUGCAACAGGUUCCGGGGCCCCAGAGUUCCUACCCUCCCAGUUCGCGGCCUCCGCAGCACCCCUCGCCGAACAGCCAUCAGUCUUAA